CCAUGCCCCACCCAGCUAUAAGGGGCCAUGCCCCAAGCAGAGUACCCAGGCUGCAGAGGUGCCAUGGGCGAGUCACGCCUGCUGCAGUGGCUGCUGCUGCUGCUGCCUACACUCUGUGGCUCGGACACUGCUGCCGGGACCACCUCAUCUGUGGCCUGUGCCCAGGGCCCUGAGUUCUGGUGCCAAAGCCUAGAGCAAGCAUUGCAAUGUAGAGCCCUGGGGCAUUGCCUACAGAAAGUCUGGGGACAUGUGGGAGCCGAUGACCUAUGCCAAGAGUGUGAGGACAUCGUCCACAUCCUUACCAAGAUGGCCAAGGAGGCCAUUUUCCAGGACACGAUGCGGAAGUUCCUGGAGCAGGAGUGCAGCACCUUCCCCUUGAAGCUGCUCGUGCCCCAGUGCAACCAAGCGCUUGACGACUACUUCCCCCUGGUCAUCGACUACUUCCAGAAGCAGAUUAACUCAAAGGGCAUCUGUAUGCACCUGGGCCUGUGCAGAUCCUGGCAGCCAGAGCCAGAGCGAGAGCCAGGGAUGUCAGACCCUCUGCCCAACCCUCUACUGGACAAGCUGGUCCUCCCCGUGCUGCCUGGGGCCCUGCAGCCGAGGCCUGGGCCUCAAACACAGGAUCUCUCUGAGCAGCAAUUCCCCAUCCCUCUCCCCUACUGCUGGCUCUGCAGGAUUCUGAUCAAGCACGUCCAAGCCAUGAUUCCCAAGGGUGUGCUAGCUGUGGCAGUGGCCCAAGUGUGCCACGUGGUACCCCUGGUGGCGGGCGGCAUCUGCCAGUGCCUGGCGGAGCGCUACACCGUCAUCCUGCUUGACGCGCUGCUGGGCCGCAUGCUGCCCCAGCUGGUGUGCGGCCUCGUUCUCCGGUGCUCCCUGAAUGACAACGCUGCCCCAGGAUCAACAACAGGAGAAUGGCUGCCGCAGGACUUUGAGUGCCAGCUCUGCAUGGCCGUGACCACCCAGGCCAGGAACAGCAGCGAGCAGGCCAUGCCACAGGCAAUGCUCCAGACCUGCCUUGGCUCCUGGCUGGACAGGGAAAAGUGUAACCGAUUUGUGGAGCAGCACACACCCCAAUUGCUGACCCUGGCGUCCAGAGGCUGGGAUGCCCACACCACCUGCCAGGUCCUCGGGGUGUGUGGGACCAUGUCCAGUCCUCUCCAGUGUAUCCACAGUCCCGACCUCUGAUGAGAACUCAGCCACCCAGCUGCAAAGGAGGAGCCUAGUGAGAGGGGCUCUGGGACCAUGGUGACCAGGCUCUUCCCCCUGCUUCCUGGCCAGCUGCCACGCUGAAAAGAAGCCUCAGCUCCCACAUCAUCCUCCCCGUUGCUCUUCCUCCAGAGUCACUUCCACUGGUGGACCACGGGCCCCAGCCCUGUGUCGGCCUUGUCUGUUUCAGCUCAACCACAGCCAGAUGCCAGAGCCACUUCUGUCUUCUCUGGUGUGAGGCGCAGUGAGGGCAGCAUCUGCAGGAGCUCUGCAGCCUCCACUCAUCCCACGGCCUCCCAGGGCUGGGCUCAGGAGAAACCAGCCACCGCUCCACAGGAAACACUGCCCCCACCACCCGCCUCACACCCAACCCCAUGCACUCAAAGACUGGCUUUUACAGUUAUUUGCAAUUCUAAAUUCAGAAGAAUAAAAAAUGGGAACAUACAGAACUCUAAAAGAUAGACAUCAGAAAUCCUUCAGUUAAGUUUUUCAAAAAAUCAGGAACGGUGUGGUCCAGGGUGGACACGGCACGCUCUAGCAUGAUUUUGCCCUCGAGAUGCUCUGCUGCUUGAGAGCUGUCCCUUUGUUAAGAUAUAAAAAGGGGGUUUCUUUUUGUCUUUCUGUAAGGUGGACUUCCAGCUUUUGAUUGAAAGUCCAAGGGCAAUUCUGUUUCUGCUAUGAUUCAUCUGCUCGAAGCCCAGCUGGGCUUGUGCAUGCUAAGAACCCAUUCCUGUGAAAUACAAACCUGCGCCAAUGCUAAUAAAGUCCUAUUCUCUUGUAUGAAAAAGAAAAA